GUAAUAAGACUAACUACAGCUGUUUAUCUCCACGCAACAACACGCGCGACGUGCAAGCUCAUCAAGCCAUGGUCCGCUUCGAUCCCACAUGACAAUGUUCGUUAAUGAUUAUUGUGUAAAUACCGGAUGUAACUGUGGCAUGCGCAUGCAUCUGUUCCUUGUUCUAUGGUAUGUGCACUAAGCUGCUAAGCUGGCUUAGACACGUAAUCAGAUUUAAGUUGUUCACGAUGGACUUAAUAAAAUGUACUUCAAAAAAGGCUAGCUAAAAUUCACGAAGUAGCUCUACCACCCCGACCACAGAACGUUCAAAUGUACCGUCCACAACGGGCACUGUGCUGCGUGUUUUUCCGAUCACUGCCCCUACCGUAGUCUACAUGAGAACUUCAAAAUGCCCGAUGACAGUGUAAAAGUUGCAGUGAGGGUGCGGCCAUUUAAUCAGAGAGAAUUAGCUGCCAAUUCAAAAUGUGUGGUUUCAAUGGAAGGCAAUGUAACCAGUCUAACCAACCCAGACAAUGGCAAAGUGCAUACCUUUGCGUACGACUACUCUUAUUGGUCACAUGAUGGCUUUCAAGAAAACGAAGAAGGAUUGAAUACUCCAACCAACGACCGUUAUGCAGAUCAGACGGUUGUUUUCAAUGAUCUUGGAAGAGGAGUGCUGGACAACGCUUGGCAGGGUUACAAUGCUGCCUUAUUUGCAUACGGUCAGACCGGUUCCGGCAAAAGCUACUCGAUGAUUGGCUACGGAGCAAACAAGGGUAUCGUACCCAUCACAUGUAAUGAACUGUUCAAAGCAAUCAACAGUAACACAGACACCACUAAACAACUACAGGUGUCAUUCAGUAUGCUGGAGAUUUACAAUGAGCAGGUUCGAGACUUAUUAGUGAAGCCAACCAAAGGUGCCUUCCAUGCCCUGAAAGUACGACAGAACCCCCAGACAGGCUUCUAUGUGGAUGGACUCAAGACUGUACCUGUCCGGGAUUACAAACAAAUUGAGCAUCUGACGGAUCAAGGAACGCUCAACAGAACGACGGCCUCCACCAAUAUGAAUGCAACCAGUAGUAGAUCCCACAUGGUUAUCACGUUAAAAUUUAAGCAGGUGUAUAAUAACGAGAAUGGAGAGAACACCACCAUGAGUAGUGAGAUCAACCUGGUUGAUCUAGCUGGCAGUGAGAGAGCUAAAGCAACGGGUGCUACGGGGGACCGACUCAAAGAAGGCUCAGCAAUCAACCAAAGUCUGUCUAUGCUUGGCAAUGUCAUUAGUGCCCUAGCAGAUCAGUCAAUGGGAAAAAACGUGAGAGUACCAUACAGGGAUUCUGUGCUGACUAAACUGUUGCAGAAUGCUCUUGGGGGGAACAGCAAAACCAUCAUGAUUGCAGCUCUGAGUCCAGCAGGCAUUAACUUUGAGGAAACACUGUCUACCCUCCGCUAUGCUGACCGAGCCAAGAAGAUCAAGAACAAGGCAGUGGUGAACGAGAGCCCUACAGAAAGGCUCAUCCGAGAGCUACGAGAGGAGAAUGCUAAGCUCCUGAACAUGAUGAAAUCUGGUAGAAAUGUUGGCUCCUCCGAUGCCGAUGUUGAAAGUCUUUACAAGGAGAAUGAGAGACAGAUGCAGGAGAUGGACCAAACCUGGGAGCAUAGACUCCUGGAGGCUAGGGAAGAAUGGGAGAAAUCUCAACGGUUGGAUCGACAGGAGAGCAGUGAUUAUGAACACCAUCCGUACAUCCAGAACGUGAAUGAAGACCCUCAUCUAUCUGGAAUCAUUAAACACGUCCUGUUGGAAGGAACAACAGUUGUCGGGAAAGGACUCGUUGAUGGGAACGACAAACACAGAAUCGAUUUAGCGGGACUGGGGAUUCACCCGGAGCAUGCCUAUGUAUCCAACUCCAAGCAUAAGAUGACAUUGACUGCUGUUGGAGACAGUAGGAUUUUGGUCAACGGCAAGCUGAUCACCAAGGCAACCAAGUUACAUCACCAGGAUCGAGUCAUUUUCGGUACAAACAGCCUUUUUCUCUACAUCGGCUUUACCAACCAACGCUCAGCAGCUGAAGACAGCAAGGGCAAGUACAACUACCACUACUUCCAGGCUGAGUUGGCGGAGAGCCAAGGUUUUGGAGACAGAGGCAUGCUGGGAUUGACCAUGACAGGUGACAACUCCGCCCACGAUGCCCUGAUGAGGCUGGUGUAUCACGACUUCACUAGUCUUCUCCCAUCAGUCGCAGAGGUCAAUGAAAUCAGUCAAGAAAUGAAUAGGGGGAUAAGAUUUGAACCUCUGAUAAAGAAUUUAACGUCCCACGAUGCUCGGGGCCGAGACAUGACAAAAGAGGUUGCAGUCAGAGUGACAGACACCGAAACAAACCAAGUGUGGAUCUGGUCAGCGGACACGUUUGUCAAUCGACGCUUUCUUAUCAAAGACCUGUACCAGAAGUUCCUGGACUCAGAUGGAGAUUUGACCGUGCAACAGUCGCCUGACACACAUCAUUCAGUGAGGAAUAUUAGCUCUAAGGCUGCGGACCCAUUCUGGGACCCCGUUGAAGAUGUGUUGCUCGGAACCUGCCAUGUUUGGUUGAUGAGUCUUGCUUACCUGAUGGGAAUAAAUGAUGAGUUUGAAGUCCAGAAUGACCAGGGUAAAGAAGAAGGAUCCAUGUCGGUCAAAAUACUGCCUUGCGAUAAGAAAGGAAAAGUCUUGGGAGAUGACAGCAUGACAUUGGAUCCAUCAGAGCUGCUUGGCAAGAGACUUGAUCUAUUGGUCAUCAUCAAGCAGUGUCGUGGAGUACAGUGGAUUCGAGAAGAGAGCAGACGAGGUGUCUACUGCAUGUUUGAUUUCUUUGACUGCCCUACAUCAUUUCAAACGAAGACUGUUUGGCAUAACAUCAACACCAAAUUCAGUUUCCAGAAACAGUUUUCCAUCAAGACCGUCACCGAGGAAUUUCUGGCAUAUCUUCAGACCAAUGCACUUCUCUUACAAGUGUGGGGAACACAAGCUAGUGGCGACGCUGAGGUACGUGUAGACAGCCUGAAUGACCAGCCUGUUGGUAUCCGUCCCAAUCUCAGCUCAUCCUCAUUAAACAGCCUCAGUGAUGCUUCCGUCUCGUCUUCGAAUGAUGAAGAACCUCUGAUGGGUAGAGAGUUCUCUGAUGAUCUCAGGAAGCAAGCAAUAUUCAACCAGAGACAACUGAAGGAGAAUGAGAGAGUCAAGAAGACCGGCAAGCGACUUCAUCAUCAUCAUCUUCAGUCAGUGGAUCUACCAGGGAGACUCAGAGCUGGAUCAGUUCCAGCUUAUGGAGCUCCACAAAACAGUCAGGCCAGAGAGCGCUCUGCAUCACAUAUUGUAGAUACAUCAAAUGGUCCAGAGAAUUCAGGCACAAGUGUUGAUGGGCAAAUUGGCAAGUUGCUGAAGACGUUCUUCCACGACAUCAAACCAGUACAGGUCACGAUGAAAGCAAUGCAGGAAUCUUAUGAACAGGUUGACCUUAAUGACCUAGAGGCCAUGAGGACACAUAUCCUACAACAACAGGAGCAAGUGACCGGCUUAAACAAACAGCUGACUACCAGUCUGACAUCUCUGCGCAGUCAUCUGAGUCUGAUCAUACGAUCCAAGAGGCAAUCCAGAUUGACGACUGACUCACAGGAUCAGAACGGAAUGGGAGAUCAAAUGCAGACACAGAUAGCAUGGGGACAGUAGUCCAAAGGCAAAGAUUAAAUUAAAGGUACACUAACCAUGCUCUUCAACAAAUUUGGUGUCAUUUUGGCAUCAGCAACCCUCUGAAAGAAGGCUUUUAUAUCAUUAUUUUAUUAUCAGAGAUGAAACUG